UCCUCACUCUUUCUGUUUUUUUUCCGGAGACAUUUGUCUGACUUAAUAUCAUCAUCAAUCACCAUUACUCAAACAAAGCCUUGAGAAAGAAAGAAAAAAAAUGAUACAAGAGAAGAAACAUGACCUAGUAAUAUUAGCAUAAUGGUCAGAUCACACAAGCAAGAACCACGCGUCUCUACUACUUACAUCCGAUCUCUCGCGAAACAACACCUUGCUUCUUCCGCCACUAUGACUACAACCACCACAACCGCAGAUAGCAGCAAAACGCCAACGCAAACGCAAACGCAGACGCACAAGAAACAAGUGAGAAGAAGGCUCCACACGAGCCGUCCUUACCAAGAGCGUCUCCUUAAUAUGGCCGAAGCUCGUCGAGAAAUCGUCACCGCCUUAAAACAACAUCGUGCUUCCAUGAGACAAGCCACCAGGGUUCCACCGCUUCAACCGCCACCUCCACCGCAUAUUCCUUUUUCUGCACCACCUCCUCCAGAUCCAUAUUCUUGGUCGAAUCCACAUCUCAACUUCCUCCUCCCACAUCAACCGUUAGGGCUAAACCUCAACUUCGACGACUUCAUCCAAACCUCAUCGUCAUCAUCAUCAUCGUCUAGUUCAUCUUCAUCAUCCUCAUCGAUGUUUCCUGCGACGAAUCCGCAUAUCUACUCCUCCCCUUCACCACCCCUUCCCACCUUCGCCGCCACAUCCGAUUAUUUUCCUCAUCAACCGCCGAAGCAGCUGAUGGAAGCUGAGAACAACGUGGCGACGUCAGCUUGGUGGUCAGAGCUCAUGAUGAAGACGGUGGAGCCGGAUGUAAUAAAGACGGAGGAAGGAGUCGCAGUAGCCGAAGAUGACGUCUUCCCAAAGUUCAGUGACGUCAUGGAGUUUCCUUCGUGGUUGAAUCCAACUGAUGAAGAAUUGUUUCAUCAUCCUUACAAUCUCACUCAUUUCUCCUCCUCUCACAAUCCUCCACUAACCUGUAUGGAGAUUGGAGAAAUUGAAGGCAUGGAUGGAGACGACUGGCUUGCUUGAACCACAAAAGAUUGAUUACUGUUUUCCUUUUUUUUCUCAGACAUGAUGGAAUCAACUCGUUUGGUUCUUUUCUUAUUUCUUAUCUAUUUGUUUUCUUUCUGAUUUUUUUUUGGUUGGAGACAUAAUUAAGAACAUUUUGAAUCUUUAAAAAUAGUAAGCCUCCGGAGAUAAAUGAUCGGUUUGGUAACAGUCACAUGAAUGAAAUUAA